AUGAAGAACUUCACCCCCGCUCUGGCUUUCGCCAGCGUUAUUUCCUUUGUCAACGCCCAUGGCUUUGUGACCAGCCCGGCAGCCCGACAGCCCGGUCUCGCCAUGGGAGCCGCCUGUGGCCAGCAAGUCCUGUCCAAUCAAGCCGCCGACAAGUACGGGAACAUCCAAGGCGAGCUACAAGUUGCCGCCACCCAGGACGACUAUAACGCCGCUGAGUGUGACAUCUGGCUUUGCAAAGGCUACAAGUUCGACGACAACAAGGACAAUGUCCACUCGUACAAAGCUGGAGAGACGGUCGACUUCCAAGUCGAUAUCCGCGCACCCCACACCGGUGUCGCUAACGUCUCCAUCGUCAGCACUGCUUUCAACAAAGUUAUUGGUACCCCGCUGAUCUACUGGGAUGUCUAUGCAUCCACCGCCACCGGCGUCAAGCCCAACCAGACCAGCUUCAGUAUCACUAUCCCUGAAGAUAUUGGAAGCCAGUGUGCCACCGCCAAUGACUGUGUGCUGCAGUGGUACUGGUACGCAGAGUCCAUCGACCAGACGUACGAGUCAUGUGUCGAUUUCACUGUGAGUGAAUUUAGCUCGACUCCGGCUGCGCCGUCCAAGGCCGUGUCUGCGUCUAGCUCAGCUCUCGUUACUGCUACAUCGUCCAAGGCCGUGUCGGAAUCUAGCUCGGCUUCAGUUGCAUCGUCGAAGGCCUGGUCGUCGAAGGCCCUGUCGAAAGCGUCGUCGACCCCCAGCGCUACGGAGAUCGCUGUUACUACCGUCCCAUCUGGCGCCGUUCGAACUCCCACUACAGCUGCUGUCAAGUCCACUACUCCCGCCACCAAGGUUUCUGCUCGGCCUACCACUUUCGCCACCACUGCCCGUCGAUCGGCUACUUCGGCUGCGGCACACGUUCAUACCGCCAGCGCUGAGCCGUCCACCAGCGCAUCGGCUGUGCCUUUCCCCACUGACAGUGCUUCCGACGUCUUGGCUUGGAUUGAGGCAAUGUUGGGCAACUUGGUGGGCAACUAA